AUGCAGCAGGCUUAUGAGGAGAGCGAUGAAAGUGUUACAGGGGUUGUGAAGUGUGGUUUGCUGCCUGAAAUUAAGAUGCAUGAUCUCAAUAAAGUCCUCAAACUUUUAUCAGGCUACUUAGUAAAGGAUGAUUCUGGUACAUAUUAUUUCAGCCAUAGUUCUGUAAGAGAUUGGUUGCAAGACGAAGAGUCAGAUUUCUUUUGCGAUGUACUCAACGGGCACUCCAUUAUGGCAAACUAUAACUUGAAAACUCUUAAAGUUAAGUAUCCUUCACCCGGCGAUUUUUUUGAAAAUGUAUGUUUUCGUCCGAAACUGCCAUAUCCUACUGCUCUUCUAGACCUCAAAUUCUUUUCUUUGCGUUAUCUCUUUCAUUCCAGUGAGAGCGGGAGUUCAAACGUGAAUGUUCUGAUAUCUGAAUUAGGUAUUAAAGCAAUCGACCUUCUUCAUGCCGCAUUUCACCAUAGUGGUGACGUUUGGGAUCGUUUCAUUUGUUCCGAGUAUAUGGCAAUGAAAGUUCUCGAUGAAACUGAUGUCUUGAAUAAAAUGACCAUACAGGAAAAAGCUGAACAUCUUGAGUGGGCUCUUUCGUUGGGUUAUGCAAGAAUUACUGCCAAGUUGUUUGAUAGCCGCACAUACUGGAAUUUUAGUUUAACGGUCAUCAUUUACUUGAACUGUGACAUCAAACUACUGCAGCUCGUCCCAAAGGAAUCAAUGCCACAGUUAUUCUUUUCGUUCCUCGUGGAUUUUUUCUUUCACGAUAAGAUAUUUGAAUUUUGUGUAAAAAAUGGAUUAACGGCGGAUGUAUGUGUUCCUCAAUUCUUUGAGAACACCAAGGGCUUUGACUCGUCCAUCUGCUGGAACGAAGAUGUCCAAGAGUAUUUUAGAAAAUUGAAGUCAGGCGAAGAGAAUGUUAUCACUUUGGAGUCCCUUAAAGAGAAGCCAUUUUAUCCAGAAGAAGCUAAAGUGUCGGAAUUUACAUUGGAGAUCAUUCAGAAACCUCUUUCAGGUAUUGAUUACAAAUAUUCUUGUAAAUCUGCAGGUGUGCAUGGUGAAAAAAAAUUAUUCUUUAUUAUAUAAUACCUUAUUGAAUUCUGAUCGUUUAAUUGGCUGUUUAUGGUCACGUGAUAUUGAAUAGAAAAUUCCAUUUCCCCAGAGUGCAAUGGAAUACGUUCCAUUGCACUCUCUGCGAGUGCAAUGGAAUAAAACGUAUAGUACAAUUGCACUCUUUGUGUUUUCGAUAAAUCGCAUCCCUCAAAAUGCUUCUCAUACGAAUCAAUUAGUCUAUUUUGGUAUUAUAUAUAUUAUAUAUUAUAUGGAACAUUCCAUCUUUCACCUCAUGAAAAUAUUCUUACCAUUGCACUCAUAUUCAUUAUUUGUAUAAUAUAAAGUUGAUUAAACAUAUUCUUAAAAAUAGCUUUGGAAAAAACCUAGUUUGUUAUAUAUGAAAACAAUACAGCUCAUCGUAUAGCCAGGGCCGCCGAGAACUUGGCGGGGGCCCGGGCCAAAAAAAUUUUUAGGGGCCCCUAUUGCAAAAACAUUUUCCCACAAAAAAUGUUUCGGACAAUAAUUUCUUUUUAGGUGCGUUAUAAUUGCUUUCGUUGGACUUUUCCGCAAUUUUCCAUACCAAAUUUCGGUUCAUUGCCCCCUAAACACAAACAUUUUGGCCCGAAAACAGAAAUAUUUCGCCCGAAAAAAUUACUGCGGCCCAUUAAAUUUCUAACAUUAAAUUUCUAGGGGCCCCCAGAGCCUCGGGGCCCGGGGCAAUUUGCCCCCCCUGCCUCCCCCCCUCUCGGCGGCCCUGCGUAUAGCUGUGUUCUGUGACCAAAAAAGUUGCUGCUUAGAAAACGAAGUUUGUCGCCUCCCUUCGGGCACUACUUUAAAAUUACAUAAAUUUAUAGAUUCUGAUAUGCCUGGCACGAAUUUAUUCAUGCAAACCUGCAGUUUCUUUGUAUUUUACGACCAAACAUCAUCAUUUUCUAUUAAAAUUAGCAAUAUUUUUUUUUUUAAACUACAUGUUAUACACAGUUAUUGUACCAGUUCGAAGGCGGGGGAGAGGGGUGGGGGGUAUCACGCGGUUCAUCUCAAUAUGAAAUUGCAAAGAUUCUUUAAUCAAGAAUUUUACAGAUUCUAAACUUGUGUUGCUCAAUUUUUUAUCAACAACGAACAAGGAGCGCACGAUAUUCGAUAGAUCUUCAGGACCCAGAUGUAUUUUAUUUAACACAAACUGACCAUUGGCAGCAGUUCUUUCAAAAACUAGCUCAUGCAUGAAAUCUUAACUUUUUCCUGUGGGGCAUUAAGUGCUAUGAGCAUUAAGUGCUAUCAUACGUUUAAAUUUGUUGGCGCUAAAUCUUUCUAUACACUUUUUUUAGAUCUAACCGGGAGCAGCUGCGAAAAAUGGAAGUAAUAGGCCCUUUGGCUUUGAUUCCGGUAUAAUGCUCUAACGAGCUGUGCUACAGAGACCAAUUGCUAAGCCUUAACCACAGAUUCAUGUAUAUAUAUAAUCGAACCUGCCAGAGAGCAUAAAGUUGCAUUUUUUGCAACUGCUCCUGGUUGUUAGGUCUAAAAAAGUGUAUAGAAAUUUAGGUUCGAAAAUUCAAUCUAAAAAACCAUUCACUAUUAGUUGUAUCGAACGAGAUUCCCAAAAUGUCGAUAUAAGAAUCUUUAUCAAUCUACUCUUUGCAAUUUCAUAUAUAAUUCAACAAUAAACCCAAAAGCUCAUGCAAUAUAUCUCACGCCACCGCUCUGCGAGAUAAGUCCACAUAACAGCGACUUCUAAUUUUUGGACGAACGAUGUUAAAUUUGCUUUGUAAAUGGUUAGCUUAUUCUGAAAAAUUGCUUUUCACAUUGUUUUAAUUGUCUGCUUUGGUUAACGAGAAUUAGAUGCCACCCAAAAAUGGCGGAUAUUCGUCAUCGUGAGAAAGGCUAAUUAUUGACGAUUUACUGCAUAUAACCGCGUGAUAAGAGACUUGAAUUGGUGCAAUAAUGUUAAUACAAAAUAUUGAUCUUUCAUCGUAAAGUACAAAGAAACUUCAGGUUUUUACGAGUGACAACAAGUUAAUUCAUACCAGCAUAUAAAAAUCUAUAGAUUCAUGUAGAUUUAAAGUUGCGCCCGAAGGGGUGGGAGGGGGGAGACAGAAUUGAAACCAAAUCACAGAAUACGGCUUAUUACGCACAUCUCUGUAAUGGAUGGUUCAAUUCUUCCUGUUACCAUCCCCCAAAUGUACACCGACGGAAUUUUGUUGAGCACGUGGUCCAGGAGGUGUCCCGUGGGGGUAGGGAUUAGGAAUACACAUGUUCACAGGCGAGGGGCUUUGGGACUCGUAGAAAAAUGCAAAACAUGAGCCCACUUGCACUGCAAUUGUUUUUUCUUCCAUAUUUAAACAUUGCUGUAGAUCAGAGAUUGCGUUGGAAACUGGAAGAAAAAAUGUACUAACACUGUACUAACAUGGCCUUUAAUAGCCCUAGUGAACACGCUCUAUCGCUUAGUGAAUGCCUUUCAAAUGUCGACAUUCGUGAAAUUUUUAUAACGUGUUCGUGUCCAAUAUUGGCCAUGGGAGGGGAAUUGGCUUUUCUUUAUUUGCCCAGGGGUGGGGAAUUGACAGUUUAGGAAUAAAGAAUACAUAAAUCCCGGGGGGGGGGGACAGGAAGAAUCGAGCCAUGCAUGAUCCAGAUAAUUCUCUGCUGCGUACGCCUUUCUAAACGGGCACCUCUUUAAUAUCAACGCUUUGUAAUAAUGCGGACACCUUUCCAAUGUACCGCCGUCCACAUUAAUCCGUUUUCGUUUGAAAACGUAUACUUUUGCACGCGUUUUCGCCGAUCUUCCACACUGAUACGAUGGAAAACGGAUGCCUUCAUCAAUGAAAACGGAGCUUUUCGAAAACGGCUUUGAAAGUUACGUGGAGACAACGCGGGCGUAUAUAUUGGAUUAGUGUGGACGGGCGAAAACGAAGGUUUUCAAAAACGCGGGCGGCAUGAACACAAUCAUGUGUAGUGCAUGAGUGUGUUGUUUUUCCGAAUUUCAGAUGAAUUGCUUAAGCCUUGCACUGGAUAUAAUGAUUAAUCUGCAUGCAUAACUUGCAAAGACAACAUAAUGCUGUACACUAUGUCCUAGCUUAUCAGUUAAUUUUUUUCUGAGAUUGUAAAGCCACUAUAGAAGGUCUAUUACCGGCGACGUUUUUAGGUCCAACCUCGAUGAAUUUGUCUCUUUCUCCGUAAAAAUGUUCCUGGCCUUCUUGUAAGAUUUUUGCAUGAAUAACCGUAAAAUGAAUAAAGAUCGAAAAUAAUAAAAAAUUAUCGUUUUUUAAGUGCUAGUGUGGAAAAAACGAUCCGAAAACGCUACCGUGGACGCAGAUAUUUGUAUGCUUUUUCGAAAUAUAAAAAACGAAAGAAUUCGAAAACGGAUUAGUCUGAUAGUGUGGACGUAGCCUACCUUCCCAAUACGGAUACCUUUCUAAUAUGAACACUUGUCUAAUAGAGACACCUUGCUCAUACAGACACCUCUUUGAUAGUGUUAAUGUGUAUUCUUUGCGAGGUACAGUAUAUUAUAUACUUUUAGUAUACUGCAGAUAGGCGUAUACAUGUAUAUAUAAUUAUGCUUUAUUCUUAUUCAGAAAUUGAACGCCUUCUGAGAGAUGGGAUGAUUUAUGUGGAGUUCACGUAUGCCUGGCACUCGCAUUUAAAGCUACGAAUGCUAGAAAAGUGUUUAAAACAUGGAGCAAACCCAAGCAACAAAGGAGGUCCGGGGGUAACUGCCCUAAUGCUAACGUGUAAGAACCUAAAUCGUGUUUGGAGGGAUUCUGCACCUGCGCUGGAACAGAUGGUGUCGUUACUCUUGGAUCACGGAGCUGAAGUGAAUCAACAGGAUUUUUAUGGACGUACUGCGCUUCAUUAUGCAUAUGAAUCCAGAUGUGACACUGAAGAAAGCCUUGCUCUAAAACAACGUGCUAUUGAAUUCCUUAUUCAGCACAAUGCAGACAUUUAUCUAAAAGAUUCGUCUGGGCUUUCCGCCUUUGACAUGGCUAAGCGUGAGGGACACGAAUCAUGGUUAAGAACCGAUGAAGCAUCAUUGACAGGAACAUGCUUAAAGCGGAAAAGAAAGAGAUCGUGCUCCGAAGAAAACUAAAGCCAGCUUCAAUCUGGACAAGUCCCUUUCUAUACCAUCCAUGCUGUACCGUACACUUAUCGUCGUAAUGAAGACAGUUGUGGUAUGUAAAUAGCAAACAUAUAAGUAAUUUUACUAGUGAUGCACCGAUAUCGGUGUAUCGGUAUCGGCUUAUCGG